GAGCAUCCAGCGUUCAAAAAGUUCGGAGCCAAAUUCUACAGCCGCCCCCUGCCAGGUUGCAAGCAUCUGAAACAGUUCACGGACAGGUACUGGGAAUGUCACAUCCGCCAAUUCACGUCCCUCAUCUGGCACGAUGUCGGCACGUGCAAGAUGGGACCUCCCACCGAUCCCGGAGCUGUGGUGGACCCAACCCUCAGGGUCUACGGACUGAAGAAUCUACGGGUCGCAGACGCAUCCAUCAUGCCUGUGAUAAUCACGGGGCAUCCGAUGGCCGCCUGCAUCGUCAUCGGGGAGAAGGCCUCCGAUCUCAUCAAGUCUUCCUAUAACCUAU